AUGACCGGCAAAACUGCACCGGCAGCCAAAAAACCGGCACCGGCUGCGGCCAAGAAAAAGGCAGCGCCACCCCCCAAGGAGGGAGCAGCCCCCAAGGAAGAAGCGCCUCCAAAGGAAGAAGCAGCCGCAAAGCAAGAAGCCCCAGCAGCAGCUGCUGCAGAGCCCCCAGCCCCCGAGCAUCCCCCCGAGCAGCCCCCAGCUCCCACAGACGAAUCUGCUCCCGUCCCCACAGAGGCUGGAGCAGGAGCGGCUCCAGCGCCUGCAGAAGGUUCCCCAGCUCCCCCAGCUGAACCCCCAGCCCCUGAACCUAAAAUAGAGAAACCAAAGGAAGAGCCACCCAGCUGCCCCUUGUCCUUGGCUGUGGAAGAAGUGAGUGAAAACUCAUUCACGCUGACCUGGAAAGCCCCGGAGCAGACGGGCCGGGCAGGCCUGGAUGGAUAUGUGGUGGAGAUCUGCAAAGAUGGAAGUUCAGACUGGAAAGCUGUGAACCAGGAGCCUUUUCUCUCCACCCGCUGCACAGUGCCAGAGCUCAGCUCUGGGGACAAGAUCCAUGUGCGGGUGGUGGCCGUCAGCGCCAGCGGGAGCAGCGCCCCGGCCACGCUGGAGCAGCCCGUGCUCAUCAGGGAGAUCCUCCAGCUCCCGAAGAUCCGCAUGCCUCGGCACCUGCGGGAGACUUACGUCAGGCGUGUGGGGGAUGCUGUGAACAUCAUGAUCCCCUUUCAGGGAAAGCCGCAGCCCGAGGUGAGCUGGAGCAAGGGAGGGCAGCCCCUGGACAGCAGCCGCAUCAACAUCCGCACCACGGGCCAGGACACCAUCUUCUAUAUCCGCCAGGCCCAGCGCGCCGACUCGGGCAAGUACGAGCUCACCGUGCGCAUCAACGGCGCCGAGGACAAGGCUACCCUGGACAUCCAGGUGGUUGAGCCACCCGGCCCUCCCCAGAACCUGAAGCUGGUGGAUGUGUGGGGCUUUAAUGUGGCCCUGGAGUGGACCCCCCCUGCAGACAAUGGGAAUGCUGAGAUCAAGGGCUACAGGGUGCAGAAGUCAGACAAGAAGAGUGGGAAAUGGUUCACGGUGCUGGAGCGCUGCACCCGCACCAGCUGCACCAUCUCCGACCUCAUCAUUGGCAACACCUACUCCUUCCGAGUGUUCUCCGAGAACAUCUGCGGGCUCAGCGACAGCGCUGCGGUGGCCUCUGGAGUGGCCCACAUCGAGAAGACAAAAACCACUUACCAGCCAGAGAAGAUCCCCCAGCGGGACAUGAUGGAGCCCCCAAAGUUCACGCAGCCCCUGACAGACCGAACGACCACGCGGGGCUACAGCACCCACCUCUUCUGCUCCGUGCGGGGCUUCCCCCAGCCCAAAAUCAUCUGGUUGAAAAAUCAGAUGGAGAUCCGGGAAGAUCCCAAAUACAUAGCACUGAUUGAUCAGGGCGUGUGCUCCCUGGAGAUCCGCAAGCCUGGCCCUUUCGAUGGGGGUGUCUACACCUGCAAGGCUGUGAACCCCCUGGGGGAAGCCUCAGUAGACUGCAGACUGGAUGUGAAAGUGCCCAAGUGAGGACAGAUUGGAGGACAAGACAAAGAGCAAGG